GUUGACAGGAAAAGUCAGUGGGACAGAUGCUAACAGGAACUGUCCGCAUUUUUGACCCUUUUUUAACGCUGUAGAAAUGUCACAUCUUUUUUUCUGACUCCUGUUUAUCUUAAUUUACAGCAGAAAAUCCCUUUGAAGUUGCCUUAUUGGAUGUGUAAUGGAGCCAGCUGUACGUCAGAUUUGGAAGAGAAGCUUUCAAAAUCUUCACAGACCAUUUAUUCUUCUUCAUAAGAGACACCAUUCAGGUCAGGUUGAGCAUGCGGACAUCCCUGCCUCCAGCCACUCCCGGCGCAUCAAGCCCACGCUGCUGGUUUCUCGCCUCUACCAGCCUUCGAACCUGCGGGAUGUGGGUCAGGACAACCGGCUGAUGGAGGAGCUGACCUGUAAGAGCCAGAGGCUAAUGCAGCAAGCAGGCCUCAUCCAUCCAUCAAACCCAGGAUGCUACUACUACCUUCCUGCCACUGUUCGUUCGAUGGAAAAGCUGGUGAAGGUGAUCGAUCAGGAAAUGCAGGCGAUCGGUGGACAGAAGUUGGACAUGCCAAGUUUGUGCUCAGCUGAUCUCUGGAAAACCAGUGAGCGCUGGGAUCUGAUGGGAAAGGAACUGUUCCGUUUGAAGGACCGCCAUGGUGCGGACUACUGCUUGGGUCCAACCCAUGAAGAGGCCGUAACAACACUCGUUGCUCAUCAGGCGAACCUUUCCUACAGACAGCUGCCUCUUCUUCUUUACCAAAUAACCCGCAAGUUCAGAGAUGAACCAAAGCCGAGGUUCGGUCUCCUACGAGGGAGGGAGUUUUACAUGAAGGACAUGUACUCAUUCGACGUGAGUGAAGAAGCCGCUCAUGAGACGUAUGGAUCCGUCUGCCAGGCGUACAAUCGGCUCUUUGCCAGGUUGGGCCUCCCUUGUGUUCAAGUCCAAGCAGACACUGGAAACAUCGGUGGUACGCUCUCCCAUGAGUUCCAGCUGCCUGCUGAUAUUGGUGAGGAUCGGCUACUGGUCUGUGGGACCUGCUCCUUCGCUGCUAACGUAGAGACUUUGUCUUCGGACAGAACAGAUUGUCCAAAGUGCGGCACUGGCACACUGGUAGAGUCAAAGGGAAUAGAAGUAGGUCACACGUUUUAUCUGGGUAAAAAGUACUCUAAUAUAUUCAAAGCCACUUUUAGUAAUCACCAGAACAAGCCUACUGUUGCUGAGAUGGGCUGCUAUGGUCUGGGAGUGACACGCAUCCUUGCUGCAGCUAUCGAAGUGAUGUCGACAGAGGAAGCCAUCCGCUGGCCGGGUCUUAUCGCCCCCUUCCAGGUCUGUGUUUUACCCCCAAAGAAGGGCAGCAAGGUAGACGAGGCAGCAGCGCUGGCGGAGGAGCUGGUUCACACGUUGGGACAAUCUCUUCCACAUUUAAGAGGGGAAGUUGUUCUCGACGACCGCACACAGAUGACCAUCGGAAAGAGACUGAAGGACGCCGGCAGACUGGGCUACCCAUAUGUGGUAGUUGUAGGGCAGGGGGCUCUGGAGGAAAUGCCAAAGUUUGAGGUGAUAUGUCAGCAGACUGGUGAGACGAUGUUUCUCAGUAAAGAUGGACUGCUAGAUUUACUGGGAACAGUGGAGACUGUAUAGAAAACAACUUUAAAAUGGGUUGAAAAAAACUUUUAUCUCUAUUUGGUAUACUGGGAAAUUUGAUUGCAUUUGAUUUAUGAUAUUGCAAAAAAUAA